CGAACGCGACGUCCGCGCGCUCGCUCUUCAGUCACCGAAAACCCCCAAACAGACUAAAUGUUCACCAGCCUCCGCACCGCCCUCGCGCGCAACGCGUCGCUCCUCACGUCUGCGCGCGGCGCGAAGACCGCGGCGAAAGCUGCGCCAGCCUCCUCCACCAAAGUCGGGAAGGCGUGGGCCGUCGACCUCAUCAAGGAAGAGGUUGGCAAGGUCGGCAAGGCUGCCAUCACGAAGGCGCAAGCGGAAGCCGCGUUGGAAGCGCUCAUCGGCGGGAUCAAGAGCUCGGUCGCGUCCGGGCAGAGGGUGACGUUCCAGGGCUUCGGGUCGUUCACCCCCGUCACGAAAGCGUCGAGGAUGGUUCAAACCCCGAAGGGGGUGAAGAUGCAGCUCCCGGAGAGGAAGGGGCUUCGGUUCAAAAUCAGUUCCGAGUUUAAGUCCGCGGUCCAGGGGAAAUAG